CGGCGACGUCUCCGUUUGUCCUGCAUGUCGCUUCCGCUCUUGACUCUUGUGACCGACUAGUCCGUUUGUUGACGCAUAUAGCUACAUUUCUAGUGAUCCAACUCAACGGGGAGUCGGGACCGACAGUUCAAAUCGGCUCCAGUUGCCACCUUCGCCAACUUGAGUCGUAUCUCGCCGGCGAGUCACAAAUCUAAGUUACUCUCGAACGAAACAUGGAAGGAGCAACUAGUGAUCUUGACCCGAUCUCGCAUUCAGGAAUCAACAUGGAGGGCCCGGCCAUUGUGGACAAUGAAGACCCAGAAGUCACGGAGGAGACCUUGGAACGUUCACAACGCAACAUAGAGCGCGCAAGGGCCAAUCGUGACGAAAGAAACAGAAUACGGUCUGAAUACAUAGCCGUAUGGAACGAAUUUUAUGACUGGGAGCCUCGGGCGUGCUUGUCGAUGGUGCAAAGUCUUAGUGCCAUGAUCGAAGGUGUCGGAAUUGCCAACGUCAGGAUUGAAGAUGCCGCUUAUCUCUCUGAAUACGUCCACGAUAUGAUUGUUGAUGAAGAAUCAUCGCCGGAGCUGUUCACGCUUCAUGAUCUGGAAUAUGACGGACAUGUGACGGUCGUCAAUGAAACGCGUAACGUGGGCAUGCUGUUUCCUUACCCCAAGUACGAGUGCUGCGCCCCUACGAUGCGCAAUAUCAAAACAGACGAGCGCGAGAGCGUCCUCCGUUUCGUACAGUACGCUGGAGAAUCAGGCUUCGAUGAACGUGCACUAGUCGAAGAGAAAAGAGUGCUUGGCUGGCAGUAUCGAUGGCAGAAUCCUGACAUGUUGCUCAUCGCAGUCGAGACUGUGAAACGCUUGAACAAUAUAUCGAUGUCGUACGAAAGUAUCGAUCGGCAGAAGCUCCUUCCGCCUUUGGAGUCGGUUGACAAUCGUCCCGGAUUGUUUCAGAGGAUGUAUAGGCGGGACCUCUGGAGCUGGGAAAGCCAUGCGGGACCAUGCGGAAACGACAGGACUGCCCGGGCUGCUAUCGACACCCGUCUCUUCGAGCAAGUAAAUGAAUAUGUCAAUUGCUUCUGUCCCAAUAUGAACUGUCUUGAUAUUCUAUGCCUGCCGCACAAGGAGCCUACCGCCAGAUUAUUCGAGGGAAAUCCUCACAUAACUUCCGACGCAAUGAGGACACAAACCAGACGGCCGUGCGGUGAUCAAUGCUUUCUGUCGUUCCACGAAGAUGAAAUGGAUAUUAUCGAAUGGCCGAGUGCAUACGAUAUCCACGUCAUCAAUGGCGUCUUGCAUAUCUUUGCAGAUGAAAAGCCGUGCAAAUUGAGUCGAUUCUGUCGAUUGCCUUGCUAUCAGAUCUACCUUCAAAGACGUGAACUGUUCCCUGACAAGUUUAUAUCGCCAGAAACUCGAGCGUCACAAGGGGGUAUAUUACAAUCAUUCCAAGAUACUAUAAACAAUGAUGACGGAGAACGAUUUAGCCCGAUUGAUUUCUGCUAUCAUUCUGGGCCAUGUAGUAAGAAAUCAGGAUGCCCAUGCUUUAUAAAUGCAUUGCAUUGCAGGAGAAAUUGUCGCUGCAACCUCAAUUGCAAGCUGCGCUAUCCAGGUUGUAAAUGCAUGGGUGAUUGUGAUACAAGAUGCACAUGUGUUUUAGAUGGAAGGGAAUGUGACCCUGAAGCAUGUAAACAAAGAAAGAGGAACUUGAUCUUUGCACCAAAAACCAAGAACUACCAUUCCCUCAGACAUCGCUGUGAGAAUAUGCAUCUACAGCUAAGCAAGUUUCCUGAAAUCAUCAUCAAAACUGGUCUUCAUGGUCUGGGUACCUUUGCUGGCAAAGAAGUUGUCAAAGAUGCACCCAUUGGAGAAUAUGUUGCAGAACUUUUCCCGGAACAGGCUGUAGAGCAGAUGCUCGCAGACCACAUUGGCUUGAACUACACCUUCAAUCUGAAUCAAGCACAAGUACUGGACUCAGCGCAUGUGGGCAAUGAGACCAGAUGCGUCAAUCAUCUACCAUCUGAACGAGCCAAUGUCGACGUGAAGAUUGAAUAUGUGAAUGGAGACCAUAGAAUCUUAUUUUAUGCUAAAACAAGGAUAUCUAGUGGUCAAGAGCUGUUCUUCGACUAUGGACCCGGAUACUGGAAGGGCAAAGAUCCGUCCAUGCUUAUCCAAGCAUAAGCACCGAAACCCCCGCGCGUUUCUCCCUACUCUGUAUCAUGAGUCGUUUUUAGGAUCCAACGAAGAAACUGCAUCUGUGAUAGUAACUCACAUCCAUCGUGAUGAAUCGCCCAUUGAUUCCGCAACCUUGUCCAGUUCGUCC